AUGUAUUCAGAUCGCGAGAUCCUUGUUUGGGUUAAUAAAAGCCUUGAUGUGAAUAUCAAACAGUUGGAGGACCUCUGUUCCGGAGCGGAAUACUGCAAGCUGUUGCACAAGCUCUGUCCUUGGGCCAUUAAUCUUAAAAAGGUUCUAUUGACCACGAAAACUCAGGCUGGCUUCAUCCACAAUAUGAAAUUGCUGCAAAAGGGCCUUAAGAAUCAAGGCGUUGAGAAGCAAAUACCCAUUCAUCGAAUGGUUGAUGGUGCCUAUCGCGAAAAUCUGGAGUUUGCUCAGUGGUUCAAAACCUUCUAUGAACACAACCAUAUGGUGCGGAAGGAUGAAAUUGCCCAAGAAAAUGGGAAAAGUGCUAUUGGCUUGGUCAAGCCACAUAACAUUUCUUUGACAAUACAACCCACGCAAGAUGCCAAGGCGAUUUUAGGAAUUAUGUUCAAGAAUAACAAUUAA